UUUACACCUGCAGUGACAGAAAGACACGCAGCACCCACUCUGACUGUGUCACUGACAGGACAGCCUUUAGUUUAACCCGAGAUAAGAAGCACUUUUGUCGUGAGGGGUAAUUGUUUAGCGGACGCUCACAGGGACUCGGCAGCCUGUGCCCACCUGUACCCCAGGAGGGAAGCUACAUCCUCGGCCACAGGCUCCAGGAAGCCAGCCCUCUUGCUGUCCACCAUGGAAGCGACGGAUGUUGAACAGGUGACCCUGGCUCUGCUAGAUGCGGCCACUGAUAAAGACUCGGAGGUCCAGGAUCAGGUCAGAAAGUCUAUGUUGACUCUGGGAAAACAGCAGCCAGACAGAGUGUUAGCCAUGUGUCAGGACUACCUUCUGAAACACCCAAAGCUGGUCGUGAGCCACAGAGUUGUGAUUCUUCAAACUAUUGAGCUGGUUGUUGGCUGCAGGAUAGAGGAGAUCAGUUCCCCCAGAAUAAAAAGUAUCAUCUCGCUGGCUUCAGAUGAGAUGACACGAUCAAAAGAGGUCAUCCCUGAUUGGCAGCAGGCGGCCAGUAAUAUUUUGGUUGCUGUGGGUAACAAGCACAUCAAUGACAUCAUGGAGGAAAUACUAAGCAAGUUUCAGCCAGGGCUCCUACCUCACUUCUUUGUGGUCCAGACUCUGGCCAACCUUUCUGAUUCCAACGUCUAUGGCAUGGUACCCUUCCUGAAUGCUAUUCUGGGCACCUUAUUGCCAAUGUUGAGCUUGGCCAAACAGGACAACAUGAAGUGGGUCUUCGCCUCUGCUCUGCGUCAUUUCAGCGACAGUAUCUUGGAGUACCUCGCCAACCUGGACAAGGCUCCAGAUCCCACAGUGAGAAAGGACACAUUUUCCACUGAAAUCUUUGCUGCUUUUGACAUCCUCUUCAAUAACUGGUUACAAAGCAGGGAGUCUAAGUUGAGGCUAACAGUGGCUGAGGCAGUGGGCUCUAUGUGCCAUCUGAUGGCCAGCGAUAAGCUGGAGGAGCAGAUUCCUAAACUCAUUCUGGCCAUCUUGUCCCUGUACAAGAAAAACAAUGAGCACUAUCUCAUCAGCAAGAGUCUGUCCCUAGUGCUCGAUGCUUCUGUCAGCAUGGGCAGUAGGGUGCUGGAGACACAACUGGACGGUCUACUCUUGGCACUGCAUCAACAGGUGUCUGCCCCUCUUGAUUACAGUAACCCUCCUACCAUCAAGAACCACAACGAGGUCCUGCGCUGCUUCAGCUUACUAGCUAACUCCUUCCCCGACCGACUGGUCAUGUUUGUUCUUCAGAAGUUAGAGAACAGUAAUGAGCGAAACAGGAUGGGCUCCCUGGCAGUGCUGCGUCACCUCAUCAACUCUACCACGGCCACAAUGGAGAGUAAGAAGCUGCUGAUUCUGGCCAGCAUCAGACAACCAAUGGCUGACCACAGCAACAAGGUUAAGAAGCGUGUGGUCCAGGUGAUCAGUGCGAUGGCUCAUCACGGAUACCUGGAGCUGGAGGGAGGGGAGCUGCUGGUUCGAUUCAUCGUUCAACACUGUGCCUUACCUGACACGUAUCAGCGAGGCCAGAGGCCCACAGAUCCAGAGGAGGUGACUAACGAGGCACUGAGGACGAUGUGUGACAACACUCUUCACCUCCUGACCACCACUGUUGGACGACUAGCAGAUGUACUAUGGCCAAAGCUGCUGUACUAUCUGACCCCUUCACAGUUCAGCAUUGCCACCACUCCUCUGUGUAAGAGUCUGAUAGUGCUGGGCAACAAGAAGAAGAAUAACCAGGAGCCCAGCUUCAACAUAGACUUCACACAGGAAGUCAAUCUGCCCUCGCCUCAAAUACUUAUGCUCAGACUGCUGGUGAAUGCAGCGUUCCCGUUCAGUAGCAGAGGUCAUGGAGCUCCGUCCCUCUCUCUCCUUCAAAUCCUCAGCAUCAACAUCCACCCCAAUACAGAGAUACUGUGGGAUAUAGACAUACCUCCUCUGCUUUCCAUGCUAGAGGAGUCAACAACAGAGAGCCUGGAUAAGAAAGACUGGGAUGAAAAGUUGCUGAAGCUCUUGUCUAAAACCCUGGCUACUAUUGAGGAUGACAAGUGGGUGGGUCAGUUGGCAGCUGAGGCAACAAGAUACCUCUCCACGUAUAACAACGCCUUAGAAGAGAAAAGUUUCCUGUAUCGAUGUAUAGGAGUGACUCUACAACAGUGUUUCAACAAGGAGCUGGUUAAAAAACAGCUGCAGGAAAUCCUCCUCGCGGCACGACACAAUGAUGCUGUCGAAAGAGAGGGAGUUGCAAUUGGUGUUGGUCUGUGUGCCAACAGCCACCUGGAGGGAACUCUGGCCAAGCUGGAAGAGUUCAGCAAGUCAGACGCCUUCAAGAAGUCACCAAGCAUCUUCAACCUUCUCAAGGAACGUAAUGAUGUUGAGGUAGAGAAGGUGAAAAGCACUCUAAUCUUGUGUUAUGGUCAAGUGGCUUUGAACGCACCUCCAGAAAAGAUACUGACCCGCAUUGAUCAAGACAUCCUUCGCUGCAUCAGUAAACACUUCAAUACCAAGGUUCUGGGGAUUAAAGUAGAGACAAAGGACCUGACUAUGAAACUCAGUUUGAUCCAGAGCAUUGGGCUCAUAGCCAGAGCCAUCAGUGAGUGUGUGAAGAAACAAGGCUACGUCUUCUCUCGCAAACAGGAGCUUGUUACUGUUAUGCUGGAUUUUAUCAAGGCAGAGCCAGCUGAUUCGUUGAGGACUCCAGUGCGCCAUCUUGUGAUGACCACCUUUGCCGACCUAAUGCCUCUGGACCCUGCGCUGAGUGAGAAUGACAACUUUGACUUGCUAAAGGUUUGUGUGAACAGUGUGUUCUCUCUGCCACCCGAGACACACACGCCAGAGAAAAUGAAAGAAGAGGAGAUGCUGGACCCCAAGCAGAGAAAGGCAUUGUACAAAGACACGUUGGCUGCACUGCAGGAGCUGCUGAAAAGUGUUCUGGCCAAGGAUCCCACUCCUGAUGGCCUGCAGAGUGUCUUCAAGCACAUUGAAUCGUGGUUGAGCUCCAGACAGGACCACGAGAGAGAGAGAGCUGUCACAGCUACUGCUCACAUGCUGGCUUUCUACCUGGAUAACCUGACUGUCAAGAACAUGGUGACUUUCCACAACCUUGGAGCUCUGCUGGGUCGACUGUCUCCACGAUGUUCCGACCCUCACCCUGCCGUACGCACGGCUGCCGUGGACUGUAUCUACUCUCUGCUUUACAUUCAGCUGCGCUAUGAAGGUUUCUCCCUAGAUUAUAAGGAUGACGGUGUGGAUAGUCUGUUGCCCCUUAAAGACCGGUUAGAUAACCCUGACCAUUCAGUUCUAUAUAAGACCUGCUCCGACCUCACCAAGGUGAUGAGUAAGCGUCUGCCUCAGGAGCAGCUGACGACGUUGGUGUUCAUGUUGUUUGAAGGGCUGGUCGACAGUCAGGCAAACUGCUGCAGAGCCUCAUCUGUCAUCCUAAAUACUCUGCUGAAGAACAGAGGAGGAGGACUACAAGAGCUGGUCCCAGAGAUGCUGGAGGUGAUACAUGUGCGUCUGCAGAACAUCACAGAGGAGCAGGUGAGAGUGGCGGUGGGACAGACCGUACUAAUCCUGGCUUCUCAGCAUCUACAGGCUGUUAUCAAUGCACUAGUUAACCAACCACUCCCUUAUGACAGCUGGACCAGUGAGAUGUGGAUGGCCCUGGGAGCAGACCCCAUUGUAGCCAAUCAGAUCAUUGAGAUGGUGAUUGAGAAGCUUCUCAUCAUGGUGCCCUACGUAGACCAGAGGGAGUCAAUGAUGAGAGGAGGGACCAAAAAGGUGGCCACCAGUCAGCCGCUAGCUAUGACAUGUGGUCUCAAAGAGCUGUUGAUGAACGGCCACACUCAGGAGCCGGCAGUCAGCCUGUUUCCUCAGCUCUUCUCCUGUCUCACUGUCAGACUGGGAGCAAGUGUCGGGGUUUCUGCACCGAAGGACAACAACACUAAACAAACUGCCUCCAUCCAUGUAGCAGGGGUCGCAGCCGAUGCUCUGCGGAUCUUGUUGGCACGGGCCCAGUUAGAUGAGGUGAUUAAAAGACUGGAUGAAGAUAACGCCUGGGACGCUAUGAAGGAAGCAAAUACACACAUUGCUGGAGUUACACUACUGGCAAGGGCAAUGUCUAAGCAUGCUGGUCCCAGGUUGCCCUCCAUCGUGGAGUGUCUGUGUCCCUCCUUGAACAACAUCUACGAGUGCCAGAGAAUCACCGUCACUGCUUUCUUCUCUGAGCUCUUAAACCAUCAUGUGGUGACGGAGUUGAUGUUGAUGGAUGUGUUGAUGAACAACAUGAUGGAGAGGAUAUCUGAUCCCUGUUGCACUCUCCGCAUGCUGGCUGUUCGGGGGCUGGGCAAUAUCGCCGGGGGAUCACCUGAAAAGGUGAACAAAUAUGCCAAGGAGCUGCUGGCAGCCAUGAGUUCAGGCAUGGAGGAGAAAGACGAUCCAGGUAAGCUGAUUACCCUCGAAGCCAUGUCAGGUCUUUCCAAAGUUCUCCUCUAUCUGGACCAGAAGAACGUCCACUUAUUGGUGGUCUAUAUCUUCAUGAAGAUCAAACCAUUCCUGGAAAGUGACAACGAUGAGAUCCGCUGUGCUUCCAUCCAUCUCAUGGGGAACCUGUCCAAGUUUGGCUCAGGAGAGCCAGUGUUCAAAGACCAGAUCCACAAUGUCCUGGUCAGCCUGCUGUUACAUCUGGUUGACCCAAACCCACAGGUGGUCAAGGCGUGUAAGUAUUCAAUGCGAGUGUGUGCUCCGGUCGUGGGAUCAGAGCAGAUCACAACCAUGUUUCAGAACCACCUUCACGAUGAGAAGAGUUUGCACUAUGGAGAGUUUAUCAAUGACCUCACCAAGUACCUGAUUCAGGACUUUCCAGGCAUGCUGAACUUUUAUCACAUAUCAGUCAUCCAGUUCUUCAAGAGCAACUGGGCUGAGGUCAGAGCAGGAGCGGCCAUGUUUAUAGGGUUUCUGCUGGGGAAUCUUCAAGACGAGCAUUUCUCCCACCUCAACAUGGGCACCAUCACUAAAGGUUUGGUGAUGCUUCUCCAAGAUCCAGAUCCUGUGGUGAGAAUGAAGGCUGCUGAAGCCAUGGGACGUUUCCACUGACAAAGACAAAGAGCUACAAACAAAUCUUAGUCACCACUAUGUAAGAAAAAAAAAUACAAGGAAUAUUUAGGAUUUGGCCCACUAUUAAAUGUACAAAUACUAUAACGUAUUCAAAUAACUACAACCUUCAUUAAAACCAAAAACGGGGACCAAAGCGGGAACAAAUGCGGAGCCAGAAGCCAAACUGUCAGAUUUACUGAUGUAACGAAAUCAUACAAAAUGAACACUGAUACUUAUUCAUAGGCACACAUGCGCAUAUAUUUAGCAGUUAGCAGCUUUGCUAAGCUUGUUUUGACACUUUACUAUGGUACUUGUAAGGAAGUGUUGAUUCUUGUAAUACUUCAGUGACCAAAGACUGUGUUGCUCCGUACAGAUCGACGUUGUCUGCAGUGUUUAGCGUUCUGUCGGUGACAGUACCAGAGGUAUACUUCUGCUCUGUCAACAUGUACCAUGCGCCUAGAAGUUUCUAGUGCAACAGUUAAAAACACUUGAGUAAAAUGUUUUUUUAGAAUAAAUAUAGUUUCUUCAAAUAUUAUCUGAAAAAUAUAAUAGAAAUGCACAUUUAAAGUGCAUGACAACAAAUCCACAUGACUCUGGCUGGUUGCUGGCGUGUGUGCGUGUGUCGUCAUACCAGCAUUUCAUGAUAGUGUUGUGGAUGUUUGUUUCAGUUAUACUCUCUUUCAGAGAUUUCAGAGAUAGUUCCAAUAAAGAGGGCUUGGUUUUUGUGUUUAAAGACCCUCCCUCAGAGUGUGUGUGUGUGUGUGAGUGAGUGAAGGAUGUAAUUGAAAGAAAACGGGAUGGUUACGAUCUCAUCGCAGUGUCCAGUAGUCGAGAUCAUCUAGCUGACUUUGUUAAAUCAGCCAGCAAUAAACAGACGGUAACCACUUUUACUUUUUACUUCAAUAACCAAUCUGUAACAGCAGGACUUGUGCUCAUUUAUGAUUUGUGCUUGCAAGUGUCCACGCAGCCAAAGUGACGUCACACCAUCAGACACGGCCCUUUGCGGGGGACCUGUGUGGCAGGAGAAAAUUGAACAUUUUGAGGUGCUUUAAAAAUGUUGGUUAGCCUAGAGGAGAAACCCGCACAGAGUUUUAAAGAUCCAAAUGUUUCCUUUCCGUGCGACCGUCCUUGUGAAAGAACAACCCAGGCUUAAUAGUCCUGUUUUUGGAGCAGGACAGUAGCUUAACAUGUGAACUGGCUUGUUCAGAACAGAGUUAAGACAGUGAAGCAAACUACUCUUUUGAACCCCAUUAACAUGUUGGUACCAAACUCCCCUCCGUUUCUAAGCCGUGAUGAUGAUGCUGUUUAUAAAUCACAACCAGCACUACAACUAAAUGUCCACACUGGACACUUCCUGGUGUAACAAUAAUUCCUUUGGUCCACCUCAGGCGGCUGCUUUGACCACUUCCUGUUUAAUCUGCACACUGUUUAUGAUUCAAUUUCACAUUACAGGUCACAUGAGUGUUCAGCCAUGUUGUGCAGGAAUGUUAAUUACCACCAGAAGUUUUCCAGACAUCUUGUGGCAGCCAUCAUAAAUACACACACCAGCCAAAUGACUGAUCAGGAUCAUUUUAAAGUGGGGAGUAUUUCUGUGAGACCUAACUGAGAAGUCUGAACCAGCCAGUUCCAGCCAGUAAAACCAUUAGUCACCAGUGUUGUUAGGCAGAGCAGACCAGUGUAGCCAUGCUGAAAACAAUUUGUGCCAAAUGUUCAUUGAUGACAUGUAUUAUAAUAGCACCAUAGAGAUGCUGUAAAUGAUUUCUUCUCUCUCACUUUGAAUGCUGUUAAUGUUGUUUCCAGGUCGUUAUCGCAUUACAUCUUUGAGUUUGUACAGUUUUAGACCACAGUUGUAGGUUUGCAGACCUCUUACUGUCGUGUAAAUAUGUGUGUGAAUGUGUAUCAUGUCUGUGCACGUAACUUUAACUUUUAUGUCUCCAAAUUAAUUCACUCAAAUGCCAACAAAGAAGGAUGCAAAAUAAUCUAUUGUGCAUCUUCAUUUAAAUACAUUUGGUGACAGAUCAUGUCCAGAGUCAGGUGAAAGCAAUAAUUGUUUGUUUCUAGAAUAAAUGAAUAUAUGUAUGUUUGCCUUAAAUAUUUCUGUCAUGUAGUCCCUGAUUUAAGAACCAAAAGGCAAACAAGUAGCUGAACCUUUUUUUAUUAAAUCUUCAUUUUUCUUCACCAGACUCAAACGUUUUUUAGUUUUUGCCCUUAGAUAACUGAAAAAGAUGCUUUAUAUCAUUUUUUCGGUUAUUUCAAGUGGAACAGAAGAGUAAACGUUCCCCAUAAUGAGUUAUUCGUGGGUAGGAAGAACGAUUUAAAACCCCAUUCAUACUGUAGAUUUAUUAAUUAAAUGUAAAAGUCUGCUAUCGGUUGUAUUGGAUGUUCUACAAACAGGGACUCGUGGCUUCUAACACUAUGGUUUGGUUUAAGGUGAAUGGCAAAUAGUAAUUAUUAAUGUUGAGUUUUAAAAACUGUUAUUAACUUUAUUCUACUGAUAUGAUUUUUUUUUCCCAUGUCAUCUACUUGUUUUUCUUUUGUGUUUUUAUUAUGUUUGUUGCUGUUAAUGAAUGUCGCUGUAUGUUUGACACAUGGCUACAUGUUUGAAUGUGUGCAUGUCACUUCUCAUGUGUCGGUGGACCAGAAGACAGAGUGGAUGAUUGCAAUCAAUGUAUUUAAAAUAAAGAAAUAAAAACAUCCAUUAAAAGUA